AUUAACAAUUUAAAGUCGAGACAAAUUAGAGAUAAUCAUUUAGUUACCAAAAAAGGGUUCGAAUUUUGCGGUAAAGCGAAACAGGCACCGUGCCGACGACGGAAAUCGCCAAAGGUGUUCCUAGUUUAGAAACCUACUGUUCUAUGAAUGAGUGAGUUCAAUUCAAUUAAAUAAUGAAUUUUGCAAUACAACCAAGCCAUUUUUGUGAAUAAAAUAAAUUAAAUAAUAAAUUUCUAUGUCCAACAAUCCAAUGGCUCUUCGUUACCUACAGAUGCAUUACAAAGAUAAUUUGUUAAGAUUACAUGUAUGUACGUGUAAGUGUGUGGAGGAAUGUGAGCAAUGUAAUAAUCGACGCCGAAAUUACACGGUUCAGUCUUCUUCAGAAAAAUAUGGCGGAAUAUCCAUAAUAGAAGGGUCUGUUCAUGUACCACCCAUAGGGAUUACGAUAUCUAAGUGGAAUGGUUCAAUUUUGGCUGUUUUGUAAUUUUCGACCGCUUGUUAUUCUCAACGCCAUUCAACAACGGAUCGCAGCUGUCAUGGCGUCGAUUUUUUUAUAUUUUUCCCCUAUUCGCUAUUCAAUGUUGGCUCUGCGUAGGAUCUUGCUGCGAGAGCGAAUCGCAGUAGGCAUUUGUUUUCAUUGGGAAAAAUUUGAUUGCCGCUGGUUUUGGAAGUAAGCAUUGUAACACAACUUCCUACGCGUCUACUUUCCUUAAAAGGCUCAUUUAAUUCGAGUUUGUCAGCGAAUUUCAAUCAAUUUUCAAUCAAUCGCCAGUUGUAUCGGUGCAAUAAAAUCCAUGCCAGGAAGCAAUGGCUAGGCGCAACAAAUCCACUGUUUCCGAGCUUAGCAUCUCCAGCGAUGACGAGAUGCGGGAGAGCGAAAGUUUCAAAGACAUCAACUUGGUAGAGUUAAUAUCCAUCCUACCCUGUCGGCUGCAAUUAGCGAUUAUGACAAAAAAACCAAAGGUUGAGGAAAAUAGCAAUUUCUACUUAUUUUCAACUGACGAGCAGCUGCUUUAUGCAAACUUUUAUGAAGAUUUCGGUCCCUUAAAUUUAGCAAAGCUGUAUCGUUACUGCGAUUUUCUCAACAAAGCGCUACAGGAAGAGACACGGGAAACAAAAGCAAUUAUUCACUACACGCGCAAGGAUCCAAAAAAGAUUUUAAAUGCUGCCUUUCUCAUCGGAUGUUACAGCCUUAUAUACCUGCGGUUUAGUGUUCAGACAGUGAUGAAGGCACUCGGUCCAAUACUGAAGCAUGCGAGCGGCGCGAAGUACUGUGAUGCUUCGAUAAACGAUCUGGCUUUUCUGUCCUUAAGAGAUUGCCUCAGCGGUGUAUUUAAAGCAAUUCAACGAAAUUUGUUUAACUUCGAAGACUUCAAUGUGGAUGACUACGAAUACUACGAAUGUGUGGAAAACGGUGAUCUGAACUGGAUCGUACCGGGCAAAUUGCUAGCAUUCUGUGGACCGAACUCGCGUACCGAACGCACCAACGAUACGGUUAUGCUUGGGCCGGAAGUUUAUAUAGACUACUUUCAGGCACAUAACGUCACCGUGGUGGUCCGUCUAAAUUCCCCAAAGUAUGAUGCGCAUGUUUUUACAAAAGCGGGGAUACAGCAUUUUGAUCUGUAUUUUUCCGAUGGUAGUACACCCAGCGAAAGGCUGGCGAAGCAGUUUUUGAAAAUCUGUGAAAAUGCGCGCGGUGCCGUAGCAGUUCACUGCAAGGCUGGUCUUGGUCGCACAGGAACACUCAUUGGAGCAUACUUAAUGAAGCACUAUCAAUUUAGCGCUAUGGAAUCCAUCGCUUGGCUUCGUAUUUGUCGACCUGGAUCCGUUAUUGGCCAACAACAAGCGUGGCUCAAUAGCAAGCAGAGCCAGCUAUUGCAGGAGGGAGAAAUUUAUCGACAGCAGCGUCAAAAUUUUACUUAUCCGCCCGAAAAACAUGCGCGCGGUGUAUACAGUUUGCAAGUAGCCAUGGAAAAUGACGAUACACCGAACGUGAAAACACCGGGCCUUAAACCGACAAUGGGUCAUGCGAUCGACUCGGAAAAUAUGCAGGGCAUUUCGCAACGGGUCGACACGAUGUGUUUAAACGACGAGGACGAGCAGGACAGUGAACGUUUCGACGUUGCUUCACAGGUUAACAACAACGUCGUGCACUGCAAACCGAAUCGAAUUAAAAAGGUCGCUAAGCUAACAUCGCGUUAUAUCCGAGGAAACCGUUUAAACGGUGGACGUACCAUUGUAACUACCACCACUACCACCACUACCACCAUCCGGCGUGGUCGUGGCAAUGCAAACGUUCCACCUUCGAGCGGAACACAGCAACGUGCGUCGCUGCAGGAAACGCACGUUAGUCGUAAAAAAACAACGGUCACCAGCCGUCAGACGGUUCCUAGUCGUACGGAACCAGCAUCCGCAACUUCGGUUCGCAACCAACGCAACGCUUCGGUUCAAACCGCAUCGCAAGGCGACCAGCUGAAUUCAAUCAAAGCCGCCAGACGCCAUCUUGUGCCAACCGAAUCCAUUCAACAAAAGACCAGAGGUAGUAAAGUUAUUCUACCACCAGCAUCAACAAAUGCUAACCCCUCUGAUCGCAACAUCAAACUUACGGCGAAUGUGGCUGAUAAGGAGAAAUCAGACGGUACGCUGCAAACACGAAACGAAACAGCUAAAAAUAAUCAUCCGUCUGAAGGUACUUCACAGCCCAUUCUAAAAACGAUGAAAUUGACUAGAAUAGUUCCAACACCGCGAUCGCCACUUUCUUGCACUGCUGAGCAUUCUUCUCGGCACGUUGCACCCACAUCGUCGGUUUUUCAAGCAGGUAAAGGAGACAAUGCAUCACAGAACACCGAUAAAUUUGUAUCUCCCGCAAACACAACCAUGACAAGAACAAUGAAGAAGAAUCUUCCGACCGAAGGACCGAACCCACAGAGGAUACUGUCACGCCACCAGUUUUUAACCAAGUUAAACACAAAUGUCACUCAAGGAAAGGAAGUAUCGUACGAGACAUCGGUGCCCUUGGAACAACUACUGUCAGCCCUUCAUCUUGGUAGUACCUCCCUGUUAAAUCCGGCAAAAAUGAAGAAACGCAGAACAUACGAGACGUUGGUGACAUUUGAUCCCGAGACAGAAAAUCACCUCACUGAUAUAUUCACGUUUACUGUGUGCAUUAACUUGGUCGAUCUAUUUAGCGACGAUGUAUUAGAAUCAAAGUGCCAUACAAGCGGCAAUACCACUAAACCUAUGAAAUCUACUCGUAAUGCGUCAACGAAGGAUGUAAAUGCUUCCAAAAAAGGAAUAAGGAAGAAACCUCUCCAAGAACACGAUAUGCCAAUUAACCCGUUACAAAAAAGCAUGAGUGCAAAGCUGACCUGGUUGGUAGAAGAAAAUAACCAGCUUAAGUUUCGGGUCACAUUUGAUUUAGAAGCAAUGAAUAACAUAAUAACAGUGCCAGUGUACAUGUACUAUCCAAGCCGAUCGGCAACGACCGUAGUAAAGCGACAGUUCGAAACGACCGUCGCAGUCAUUCGCACGAUUGACUAUGGGUUUCGCAUUAACUUCUCGGUCAAAUUAGACCUGCUGCAGGUGUUAGGCAAACCCAAGAUGCAAGGCACUUUAGCACCAAAGGCAGCGUCCCAGCCAUGUCCGUCGACAACUUUCAACACGAUUCCGAGUUGUCCCGGUGUGUGGAAUCUCGGGGAAGAUGUGAAUUGUGCUAUGGCAAUGCUUGAUCAUAAUGGGAACGACCCGUCCGCGACGACGCGACAUGAGAAGCAGUUGUUAGACAAACCCAAGAUGCAACGCACUUUAGCACCAAAGGCAGCGUCCCAGCCAUGUCCGUCGACAAUUUUCAAUACGAUUCCGAGUUGUCCCAGUAUAUUGGAUUUCAGGACGUAUGUAUCAGACAGUAUGGAAACGGUCGAUCAAAAUGAUGGAAAGCAUGAUUUCAGCAUACCCAAGAUGCAAGGCACUUUAGCACCAGAGACAGCGUCCCAGCCAUGUCCGUCGACAACUUUUGACACGAUUCCGAGUUGUCCCAGUAUAUUGGAUUUCAGGACGUAUGUAUCAGACAGUAUGGAAAUGGUUGAUCGCAAUGGGAAUGACGCACCUUCUCCAACACAGCACGACAAGCAACAAGCGCUAACGCCGCGUACCACCAAUAAAAACGCGGAAACGGAUACCAGACCGUACAAGCGUAUGCGCGUAGAAGUGUCACGACUGUAAAGUGUGCAGCGCAACGCACAAUGAUCAAGCAUGUGAUCAACAGACUGAUACCACCGGACCUAGAAACGCAAUCGCAUCAGGAGUACGUGCAGAAAACAACACUGUCUUCCAAAUGAUGGAACAUAUUUACCUGCAAAUGCCAUUAUAGAGCCAACGGCAUAAUCACCGCUUCAGGUGUCGGUUAGUUAUUAGCGUAACAAAUCAAAAAUAUUAUUCUAUUUUUGGCUUCUCUUUGUUAACAUGUAUUUAUGAUGUUAUGCAUUACAAAUGCGUGGCACGCCAAACUUGAGCCAUAAAGGGGUUAACAUCAUAACAUUAAAAAAAAAUCCUUUUAAAGCAUCAUCACAAAACAGAGUAUAUGGCAUAAUUUAAUAUAAUUGAUUUCUUAUGCGCUGCCUUAUAUCCCUUUGUGAUCCAAUCAGCAGACGCCCUAAUUUUUUAAGGUCGAAAAUGUUAACAUUAAGGUUAAUUAAACAUCUCACUAUGAUCUCUGUUCCUUUAAGCAUAAAAUCCACAAAACAAAAAUCUCAUACACGAUCUGAUAGACAAGGAAAUAGAACAGGAUCCCUUUUUGUGUGAUACAAACGAACUCUUUGUAAAUCAACGCCCUUGUUACGCAUUAAUAGGCUCGUUGAUGAAUACAAAUUACCCAGCGGGUAUUACAAUUGCAAUUACAA